AUGAUUUCGGAACUCCUGCUUACGCGCUUCUUGAUACUGGGAGUCGCUUUCUGUGGUCGUGGCUACCGAAAACAAGAGGAAGAGUGUUACACGGCCAGCGGUGCGACAGUCCCAAAGACUACAAAAGCCACAUUGGCAAGCAGGCUGGAGAAGAUUCACCCGGACGAACUCUCCAAGACGUUUAGGGACGCGCUGGAGAUUACGCGGGGCCUCGGCUUGCGCUACAUCUGGAUCGACUCGCUCUGCAUUAUCCAAGACAGCCCGGAGGACUUCCAAGUCGAAUGUGCUCAAAUGGGCAAAGUCUAUCUCAACGCCGUCUGCACCAUCGCAGCCACCGACUCCCCGACCAGUACGACAGGCUGCCUGCUGCCACGCGACGCAAGCACCCUCUCCGGCUCCGUGGUGCUCAGCCAGAAGAGGUAUUUGGUUUCCUCAGCGCAGCGCAACAUCAUGUCCCCUGAGUUCGACCGCCAAUACAAAUCGGAGCCCGCGGCAUCAGCCGUGCAUGUCUAUCAGAAAUACGGCCCGUUUCUCGACGCCAUCCGCGGCCCGCUCACGGCUCGCGGCUGGACGUUGCAGGAGCGCGAGCUCGCGCCGCGCAUCCUCCACUUUGCCCGCGACCAGGUUUGGUUUGAGUGCAGGGUCUGUGUGGCCAGCGAGGUUGGGCGGGAGAUGGAACCGAAGCAAGGCGAUGGUGUUGAUCAAGACCAGGCGGGCGGCGGGGUCACGCCCUGGGAGGGGGUGGAUUACUUGGCUUGGUGCGUCCGGCGUCUUUUCAAAGAGGAUGAUGGUGGACCGUCCGACCUGGCGGCUGCUUGA